AUGGCUGAGUCUCUGCUGGCUAUUUUACUUGUAACGACGUCGGCGAAAGGCGCAUCGCUUGUCUAUCGAUGGCCAGCUUUUCCCGUCAGUCCUCCGAGGCUCAAACGCAUACGGCCAAAUGAUCUUUUCUGGCCGUCCCAGCUAGAUAACCUCUGGAGGGCCUCUAACCCCGCUGACACGUUCGGUGCAAACGCCGAGUCUCCUGCUCAGGAUUAUACAAGUGAUCCAGAAUACCGUUGGCGGCGGCUGCAUGAAAGGGAAGAGCGGCCAACUCCUCAAUCACGGAGAAUCUCUCCUGGCAGAGAUAGGUCAUACUCUAUGGAGAAAGCAGCCAACCUCGAACAAUACGACCAUGUGUUUGGGUACACUACACAAUUUCUCGCCAAGACCCUCUGCCCUAAGCGUUCGAUGUACCACCAGAAGUUUGAACUGGUGGUAGAUGACUUGGCAUUUAUCGGUCACCCAGUCUGUGCAGACUCAGGUGGGGUAUGGAGGUUCAAGCCGGAAAAGCUCAACGGCGGCCCUAGGGGCAGGGAUGCAAGGGGAUUGGACAAUUCAGAAGCACAUCAAGACAAUGGUUCUGUUAGUCCGGUGUCAGUCGAACCAUCGUCGUCAAAGAGCUCAUGGCUUCACACCUUCCAUCUUGUUUUUGUUCUCGACCUGCCUGACCCCUCCUCCUCAGCGUCGGGCAAUGUUUCUAAGUACUUCGACAUCAUAUACGAACAAAUUGCCUUCACAGCAACAGCAGUCCUAUUUCAAGAACAAGUCCUUUCGAAUUUUGUUCAAACUCAAUGCGAAGCUCUGAGUUCACUGAAGGAAUCGUGCAUAUCCAAGGGUGAUUCCUUUGAUGUUUUUACCUCCAAAGCUUUAGAAAUAUCUUCGAUUGCGUCUGGUAUGAAGUUGAUUUACGAAGCGAUCAGGUCAAAAUCCAUUGCCUACAUCACAUUCAAUAACCUCCCCAUGGAGUUACAACUACCACCAUAUCUUGAAACCCUCCUUCAUAGCGAGGGUGAUUACGACGCAGAUUUCAUAUAUCAGUUUGAUGACGACGAUAUCCGAACGUGGGGACAAGAUUUGAGUUUCGGUUGGAGACUGCCUGCGCUAGCGCCAUGGAAAAGCCUAUUACUUUUGGACGGGGAUAACGAAAUUGACCCAAACAUAACAUUGAGAGGCCCCCAACUUACUGCGGAGGACAGUACUCUGGCUGAAGAACUGGCACGAUUCUUGGAUACCGCAUCCAUUACAUUGUCGCUCGCUGACAUGGCAAGCCUAUUGAACUGGAACCUGGAGUCACAAAUCUACCCUGUCGUUCGUUGGCUUGUACAGCACCGCAGGGCCAAGAUAGUGGAUACGGUCCAUCCCGGUUUGAAGACCGUGUUUUCGCUUCCGCCCAUUUUCCAGCCACCGCUUGCGACAUUGACGGCCGAGUUUGAGAAACGGUUUACACACCCAUCUAUCCCCCCUCUUCCGAGGAUUCUGGCUGAUAUAUCCACCUCAAUGUCCCGACAAACCGAAAAUCACUUCUUUGCUUCAGUGGUGAAAACCAAAGAUCUCAUUAAACUGUAUCAUGAGGUCGUUCUUUGGAUGUUGAAACGCGACAUGCUGGUAACUCUGCAUCUUCGAAUACGAGUGGUGGCAACGGUUGACUUGAGGAAACGUGUCCAAAUGAGCCGAUAUUCCAGCGGUUUGUCCGGCAAGGGUUCUCAAGGAUCUGGCGUACAACGGGAUCUCCAUUACCUUGGGGAGGUUGAGGAAUCUGCUGGUGUCCAGUCAGGUGUGCCCUGGCUUGCCCUCUCUCCUAAAAGUGCAAGGAAACACCUGCGACGAAUACCGUCCAAUGGGUCGCGAGGAAGUGAGAUGAGCGAGUUGGUCAUCAAGGAAUAUGACGAACAAUUCUUGGGCGUAGAGGACUCUGCUACAUAUGAACUACCAACGGAAGAGGACUCCUCUGGUUCGGAGACAUCGGAUGAACACAUAGUUUCCUCGAUCAUUGAUGACCCCGGCCGAGCAACUCCACUAGAGCGUCGCUGGUUAUCGGCCAUGUCCGACGGGAAAGAGCCUCACAUUGCAAAAAGAUUUGAGCAGAUUAACCAGUAUUUUGACGGCAAGAAAUCAGACGACGAAAUUCUCUAUCUCGCAGGAAUAUCUCGAAAGCAGUUGCGUGAGCUGCUUCACCAUUAUGAAGAAUAUUUACAAACAUUCUUGCACCCAUCAUGA